CUGAGCAGGCACGGAAGCCAAGCCGAUAAUUAUUGGGCCACUAAAGUUUUUUGUACUGAACCACAUGAAUAAAUCAAUUGAUAAAAUUCGGAAAGCCCUUCGUUUGGCGACUCAGAAAGACUUAGAUUCCAUAGAAGAGAACUAUGAUCGAAAAAAAUUUGAGGAACUUGUUCAGAAACUUGAGUGGCAACGACGGCUAGUACUAGAAGGCGAGGUGCGAAAACGAAAGCUUGCUAAUUUAAAAUUGAAUGAAAAUGUCAAGAAUCCUGAAGAACUGGUGGAGAAAACUCAACUGGCUAUAAUAAAAAGUGAAGAAAACAUGCAGUUGUACAUGAUUUGUCAAAAGGCUAUUGAAACCGCCCAGUUUAGUCUGAUACUGCAGUCAGCUGAAGUUCAUGAUCCAGCUGAUGACCAUACUGAUGUAGAAAUAGCAUGUUUAUCAGCUGAAUACAUAAACCUCUGUUUGAGUAACUUGGCAGAAUCCCACAAGAAUGAAAGACUAGACCAAGAGAUAAAGCAAGCUCAAGAAAAUAUCAAUCAACUUAAGCCAUAUGUUAUUCCAGAAGAAGACAAUAAAGAAGUUCGUCCUGGAUCCAGGGCUGAGGAAAUUGCUAAGCUUAAGGUCCGAUUGGAAAAGUUGCGCGGCAUAUAUGACUUCAUCAGAUACAUCUUACAGCUACUGCUACUAGCUUCCGAACAAGAUAUUGUCAGUAAUCCGAAAUUAUUCGAUCUACUUGUCAAAUGCGGUGAACCAUACGACUAACGGUUUUAAACCAAACUUGUUCCAAUGUUUUUAAAGAUGACUAGUGUCAAACUGGAGGGGCUCCCAUAUCAAGCCGUACCCCGAAUUCAUCAUUUCACGUGUAUGCACUUAAUACCCACAUACUUAGCCGCGUUUUUAAACAAAUUGCAACUUGCGAAAUACGUUAAAUUUUUUUUUUUUUUCGAUCACAUACAUCUUUUCAAUUUUGUAAGACUUACUUAAGCGUGUUCACCCAAAGCGGCGUUUUAGCUAAACGAACCGUUGUGACGGGUAAACGUCGUUUUUCAGGCGGC